GCGACCAGACGGCGCCGCACGAUAUGGCUGGCACCGUGCCGCACGAGUUCGCCGAGUGGGGGUACCAGGAGUAUAGCGGCUACGACCCGGAGCUGAAGCCGGACGACAUGGAGCUGGAGGCGGGCGAGGAGGAGGCGGCCGGCGGCCCCGACGCCCGGCGCAAGACCACACAGAACGCCAAGAAGCCCAAGGUACACCUGGACCCCAAGCUGAAGCUGAAGGGCCCCAUCACGUACGAGAAGGACGUCGACCCGAGUCUGAUCCCGAUCGUGCGCGACGGCAUGGCGCGCUGUCAGAAGUGCGGCGCCAUCGGCGUGCGGCACGCGUUCUACACGCGCGAGCGCAAGUACUGCAGUCUGAGCUGCGCGCGCUCGGUGGAGGGCCUGGCGGCCGAGCCGGACUCGGCGCCGGCCGCGCCGCGCCGCGAGGUGGCGCACUCGUUCAGCUGGGACGGCCUGCUGCGCCAGGCGGACUUCAGUGCCGCGCCCGUGCCCUGUUUCCGGCACGCGCCGCUGGCGGCCGCCUGGGACUACGUGUGCGUCGGCCUCAAGGUGGAGGUGGUGAGCGAGCCGCCGGGCGGCGGCCUCGAGCCCGCCUGCUGGGUGGGCACCGUGCUGCGCGUGGAGGGCUACCGCGGCCUGGUGCGCUACGAAGGCCUGACGGCGGAGGAGAGCGCCGGCCGCUGGCUGGACCUGUGUUCGGACGACGUGCACCCGGUGGGCUGGUACGCCACGCAGGGCCGCCCGCUGAUCCCGCCGCCGGUCGUGGCCAGCCGGCACGCGGACUGGAGCCAGCUGCUGGUGAAGAGGCUCACCGGCGCCCGCACGCUGCCCACCAACUUCCAUCACCGGGUGCUGCGCAGCCUGGGCUCCAGCCUGCGCGAGGAGCAGGUGGUGGAGGUGGUGGACAAGAACUGCAUCGGCCAGGUGCGCGCCGCCGCCGUCAGCCAGGUGGUCGGCCGCCGGCUGCAUAUCCGCUACCUGGACGCGCCCAGCGACGACGGCGGCUUCUGGUGCCACGAGAACUCGCCGCUGGUGCACCCGGUGGGCUGGGCGCUGGCGGUCGGUCACCAGAUCGCGGCGCCGGCCGACUACCUGGAGCGCUGCCAGACGGGCAAGUACCUGGCCACCGACGUCACCGAGGACUGGCAGCCGCCGCUGCCGGCCGCCCCGCAGCAGGGCUUCACGGUGGGCAUGAAGCUGGAGGCGCUGGACCCGCUCAACCUGAGCAGCAUCGGCGUCGCCACCGUCAAGCAGGUGCUGGGCGGCGGCUACCUGAUGGUGCGGCUGGAGACGCUGCCGACCGAGCCGGGCCAGCCGGGCGGCGACUGGUUCUGCUACCACGUCAGCUCGCCAUACAUCUUCCCGCCGCGCUUCUGCCGGACGGUGGGCGUGCCGCUGACGCCGCCGCACGGCUACACGGCCGACACGUUCACCUGGGAGGCGUACCUGGCGGCCGAGCCGGGCGCUCAGCCGGCGCCGCCGCAUCUGUUCCAGCGGCCGCCGCUAUCGCACGGCUUUCAGCCGGGCCAGCGGCUGGAGGCGGUGGAUCUGAUGGACCCGCAGCUGGUGUGUGUGGCGACGGUGGCGGCCGUGGUCGGACGCCUGCUGCGCGUGCACUUUACCGGCUGGGAGGAGCAGUUCGACCAGUGGGUGGACGCCGCCAGUCCUGACAUCUUCCCGGUCGGCUGGUGCCGGCUGGUUGGCUACAAGCUGGAGCCGCCGCGCGCCGGGCAGCUGGACCCGGCCGCCUGGUCCGUGGCCGACGUCGGCCAGUUCCUGCGCGUCAACGAGUGCGCCGCCUACUGCGACAGCUUCCAGCAGGCGGGCGUCGACGGCGCCCGCCUGCUCGACCUCACCAAGCAUCAGGUGCUGGAGCUGGCGUGCUGGAAGGUCGGGCCCAGCCUCAAAAUCGAGAACCUCGUGCAAAAGCUGCGCGCGCGCGUGGCGCCGGCCCAGGCCCGCUUCAUGGCCAGCUUCAAGAAGGUGUGAUGGACCGUCCGCAGGGCGCGGUCGGGCGCGCGGCGGCCGCCGCCGAGCUGUGAGCGAAUGGCGCGCGUGCGGC